AUGGCGGAAGCGUCUGCGGCCCUGGACGAGCUGGCGCUGCUGGUUGUGCGCAACCUGCCGCAGGCGCUGCUCGUGGUGCUGGUCACGCUGGUGGUGGCACUUGUCGCCAAGGACGUCGUCAACGGCAUGCUGCGCCGCCCCUUCCUGGACCCCAGCAAGUGGCAGCCGCUGACGCUGGUGGACGUCAAGCAGCUGUCGCACAACACGCGGCGCUUCCGCUUUGCGCUGCCGCACCAGGAGCAGGUGCUGGGGCUGCCGCUGGGGCAGCACGUCUCGCUCAAGGGCACCGCAGAGGACGGCAGCGAGGUGAUGAGGCCCUACACCCCCACCUCUGAGACCACCCACCGCGGCCAGGGGCGCUUCCGCUACGAGCGCGGCUCCAAGAAGGCCAUCGGCAUGCUGGCCGGCGGCAGCGGCAUCACUCCUAUGUUCCAGGUGAUGCAGCACAUCCUGAAAGACCCCAACGACAACACCGCACUGUCCCUGGUCUACGCAAACGUCACGGGGCAGCGCGGCUUUCUGUCGCUGCUGCUGUCGGCAGGGGGGCGCGUCUACUAUGUGCUCAACAACCCGCCGAAGGGCUGGCAGGGCGGCAAGGGCUUUGUCACCGCCGAUAUGAUCAAGAAGCACCUGCCGGCUCCCGGCACCGACGUGCUCAUCCUUCGCUGCGGGCCCGGCCCCAUGAACAAGGCCAUGGAGGCCCACAUGGACGCCCUGGGCUACACCAACGGCCAGCAGUUCCAGUUCUGA